AUGAUAAAAACACCUUAUAUCUGUGAAAACUUUAAAACCAUAAUAGGUCGGUAUAAAUCUCUUAAUUUUUUCUAUUUGGAGGUUAGCAUUUUCGAAAUAAUUGAUUUAUGUGUACAAACAAAAAAUUCUGAUUCUUAUCAAUCCAGAAUAGCUAUAAAACUUAAAAAGUACAGUUUGACUCCUUUUACGGCCUGUUCAUUUUCUCCUUGAUUUUCUUCUAUUAUUUUUCAUUGUCCGUGAUCUUGGAACCGUGACCAAUUCAUAAGCAUUCGUAUUCCAUACCUAUACGUACGACGUACGUAUAAUUUCGAAGGCGCAUCACUCGGGUUUGGAUUGGUUAUUGCGACUGGUUGCGACGUGGAACAUCUUUUUUGCAAAAUAAAAUUGACAGUCUUUGCAAGCAGGAUAAAAAUGAUGUCCUUGACCUCUACAACGGGCGCAUACGUGUAGAUUUCCUAUUUCGUCCGUUGACUCUCCGAGAACGAUCGAGCCGACCAGAUAUAGCGGGACCAUCCGAGUCCGUGACAGGGAGACAGGAUUCAGAAUCCUAACCGGAAUGUGUUAAAAGGUUACAGCGUAGCUCCCACUGCAAAAAAAUAACGUUACAUAGCACUUUUCAUCGACAGUUCAGAGAUUCCGUUUUGAUUCAAGAUGGGAUACCUGAAAAAUAUAGGCGCUGGAAUUAUUUAUAUCGGUGUCAUUCUUGCCGUUUUAGCUUUCGCCCCAGGACUUCCUCCAGAUGCAAACUUCACCGAGUACAAUAUUGUAUCACCGAAAGAAUUGACAGGCUUUUUAGCAUUAAACGACCGAUUAAACAAUCCAGAAAUAUUAUUCAAGGGAAAGUUACAUGGCCCUGAAGCAUUCGCAUCUUAUAAUGGAGAACUUUACACCGGUGUCCAUGGUGGUUACAUCGUUAAAAUCAAAGAAAACGAUGAAUUUAUCCCGAUUGCCAAGUUUGGCAAACAGUGUGAGGGUGACUGGCAGGAACACAUAUGCGGUAGACCUCUUGGCCUGAAAUUUAAUAAAAACGGAGAACUCUUCGUGGCAGACGCGUAUUAUGGGAUUUUCAAACUUGAUGUAACUACGGGAAAGUAUGAGAAAAUCGUCGAUAUAAAAAAACCAAUCGAUGGCAAGGCCCCGAAUAUCGUCAACUCUUUGGACGUUGCAAGCAAUGGAGACAUUUACUGGACUGAUUCCAGUAGCGAAUUUGCACUUCACGAUGGAGUUUACACCAUUCUUGCCGAUCCGAACGGAAGACUUUUGCGCUACAACGCAAAGACGAAAAAGAACGAAGUCCUCGUGAAAGACCUGGGUUUCGCCAACGGAGUUUUCUUAAGCGAAGACGAGAGUUUUGUGUUAGCAAUAGAAACUUUAACAUCUCGUGUCACAAAAUACAACCUAAAAGGACCUAAGGCAGGAAAGCAAGAAAUCUUCAUCGAGGGACUUCCUGGCUUGCCAGACAAUGUGCACAGCGAUGGCCAAGGUGGAAUUUUACUCUCCCUCUUCAGUUAUGCCGAUGCCGAAAAUCCAGCGCUCUUUCAAUCUCUGACACCACAUCCAAACAUCAGAAGAGUGAUUGUCAGAUUUAUGUACAUCUUGGAAGCACCGUUGAAACUGCUGCAGACAUACUAUCCAAAUUACUACACUGAGAAAAUCAUCCAUUCCAUUGGCCACUUUGCAAGCGUAUCUUUCUUGGGUACAAAAUAUUCCACGAUUCUCCGACUCGACACCAAUGGAAAAAUCAUCGACGUCGCUUAUGGAACUGAUGGAAAAUUAUCAUCCAUCAGUUCUGCCUUUGUUUUUAAAGAUCAUUUGUGGCUGGGUUCGCCGAUGAACGACUUUGCUGCGCGAGUUCCGCUCAAGCAGGCGUUUCCUUCUCUUGCCACGAGCCCGAAGAAGACUGGUACCGUUAAAACUGCUAAUAGUAUCCCCGAGGAACCUAAAAAAGCUGAGAAGCAAACUACUAAAGAUGCACCCAAAGCCAAGUCUGAAAAACCGAGCGGCAUUGAUGCCAAAGUCCAGAAAGAAGCCAAGACUAUAUCGUAAGCUAGUUAUUUUAAUGCCUUUCGUAAAAACAAUUAUUCUAUUUUACAUUCCAAAGGUAUUCUACUUAACAAGAUCAAAUAGGACUCGAAAAUCUAGAAUUAAUUGUAUAAGAGAGAUUUGUAACAGUUUGUAUUUCAAGUCCGUUCUGAAAUUAUUUAUGACUGUUUCAUAAGACUAUAUUUUCAUUACACGGUUGGACUUGAAAGUGAAAUUCUAGACUAGAAUAUUAGAGUCAUCCAAUAUAAGAUUCUAUACAAUUUUUAUAAUUGUGAACAAGUGAAAGAGUCAAGGUUUAGUCUAGGAACUGUCCCUUCUUAAAGUUAAGUUUAUAAUUUUUCAAAAGAAUCAUCAAAGGACUGUUAAUAUUCAACGAAGUAGUUUUUAUAGAUAAUACUCUAAUUGGAAUUAGUCAGACGCACAUAAUAACACAAUGUAAACGUGCAAAAUGCGAUCGUGUUCAAGCACCUUCUUAUUUUUUUGUGACUAGUGAUUAAAUCAGGAGCUUUAGUUUUUAUUCUUGAUAUUCAUAAAAAUGCACACAUACAGUUUUUUCUUGAACAACUGAUAUUAUUAAUUUGAAAAAAAUGGUGAUUAAAUUAUAUUUGUUAUGUUAGGUGUAGUACUUUUAUAUUUUUAAAAUAUAUAUUAUAUGUGGAAUUUUGCUAAAUAUGAGUGAAGUUUUCAUUGUUUUAAUCUUCCCAUUUUACUUUAUUUGUCAAACUCCUGUACGAUUUUUUAAAAUUUCAACUUUUCUAAUAAAAUCAACCCUUCGUGGUAAUACAAACUUACGAGAGCUUUAGAAAGAAAUUCAGUUUCUUUCAGACUAUACAUAAUCAUUUUAUUUGACCUAUAUAAUUUUUACAAUUUACAAUACUAUAAAACAAAAACUCGAAGAACAAUA